CCAGGUUGCACUUUCUGUCAGUCCAGGGCUCCAGUUUUGCCGGAGAAGUGAGAGAGAAAGAGCAGUGAGAGAGAGAGGGGAGAGAGAGCGAACGAAGGGGGUUGACAGGUUUUAUCCCCAUCCCACACUUUUAUAAAGUGGUGGGUAACAAUUAAUUUCUCUGGUUGUAAAACCUCAUAACUGGAGAACUACCUACUGCACCAAGCCACGCAUUACCGGAUAGACGUGUCCUAAACGUAUCUUUGUUUUGUUCUCUUCUCCUGAAGAGUCUCCUGUUUGGUGAGGAUGGAGAAUGCACACGCAAAAGAUUCGGAAGAGGUCGUGUCAUACUUUGGUGUCGACCAGACCACCGGCCUCACACCAGAACAGUUCAAGAAGAACCUGGCCAGAUAUGGUCACAACGAGCUCCCAGCUGAGAUUGGUAAGACCAUCUGGGAGUUGGUCGUAGAGCAGUUUGAGGAUCUGUUGGUCAGAAUCCUUCUGCUGGCUGCCUGCAUCUCUUUUGUGCUGGCCUUGUUUGAGGAAGGUGAGGAAACAGUCACAGCCUUUGUGGAACCCUUAGUCAUCCUCCUCAUUCUCAUUGCUAAUGCCAUCGUUGGUGUCUGGCAGGAGCGCAAUGCAGAGAGCGCCAUCGAGGCUCUGAAGGAGUAUGAGCCUGAGAUGGGGAAGGUUUAUCGGUCGGACAGGAAGAACGUCCAGAUGAUCAAGGCCAGGGAGAUCGUCCCUGGAGAUGUGGUGGAGGUGUCCGUUGGUGACAAAGUCCCCGCUGACAUCAGACUCGUCAAAAUAAACUCUACUACUCUGCGUGUUGACCAGUCCAUCCUCACCGGUGAGUCUGUCAGUGUGAUUAAGCACACCGAUGCCGUCCCAGACAUGAGAGCUGUCAACCAGGACAAGAAGAACAUGCUUUUCUCUGGCACCAACAUCGCUUCAGGCAAGGCUAUCGGCAUAGCCGUGGCGACUGGUGUCUCUACUGAGAUCGGGAAGAUCCGCGACCAGAUGGCUGCGACAGAGCAGGAGAAGACCCCCCUGCAGGCCAAACUGGACGAGUUCGGAGAGCAGCUCUCCAAGGUCAUCUCCCUGAUCUGUGUUGCCGUGUGGAUGAUCAACAUUGGCCACUUCAACGACCCCGUUCAUGGAGGCUCCUGGAUCCGCGGGGCCGUCUACUACUUCAAGAUCGCUGUGGCCCUGGCUGUGGCUGCCAUUCCUGAGGGUCUGCCCGCUGUGAUCACCACUUGCCUGGCUCUGGGUACCCGCCGUAUGGCCAAGAAGAAUGCCAUCGUCCGCUCCCUGCCCUCUGUGGAGACCCUGGGCUGCACCUCCGUCAUCUGCUCCGACAAGACCGGCACCCUCACCACCAACCAGAUGUGUGUCACCAAGAUGUUCAUUAUUGACAAAGUGGACGGAGACAGCGUUUCUCUGGGUUCUUUUGACAUCUCCGGUUCCAAGUACACUCCCGAGGGAGAAGUUACUAAGAACGGUGCGUUAGUGAAGUGUGGCCAGUAUGAUGGCUUGGUGGAGCUGUCCACCAUCUGUGCUCUGUGCAAUGACUCCUCUAUGGACUACAACGAUACUAAGGGAAUCUAUGAGAAGGUGGGCGAGGCCACUGAGACCGCUCUGUGCUGCCUGGUUGAGAAGAUGAAUGUGUUCAACACUGAAGUGCGCGGCCUGUCCAAGCCCGACAGAGCCAACGCCUGUUGCUCUGUGAUCAAGCAGCUGAUGAAGAAGGAGUUCACCCUGGAGUUCUCCAGAGACAGGAAGUCCAUGUCAGUGUUCUGCUCCCCAGCCAAGUCCUCUAAGGCUGCUGUCGGCAACAAGAUGUUCGUCAAGGGCGCUCCCGAGGGUGUUAUUGAGAGGUGUGCAUAUGUGCGCGUUGGUACCACACGUGUGCCCUUGUCCGAGCCUGUCAAGAACAAGAUCAUGGCUGUGAUCAAGGAGUGGGGUACCGGCCGUGACACCCUGCGUUGUCUGGCACUGGCCACCCGCGACACACCCCUCCGCAUGGAAGAGAUGAACCUCGAAGACGCCACCAAGUUCGGCGACUACGAGACUGACCUUACCUUCGUGGGCUGCGUGGGCAUGCUGGACCCCCCUCGUAAGGAGGUCAUUGGAGCUAUUGAGCUGUGCAGGGCUGCUGGCAUCCGUGUCAUCAUGAUCACUGGUGACAACAAGGGAACAGCCGUGGCUAUCUGCCGUCGUAUUGGCAUCUUCACCGAGGAUGAGGACACUACUGGCCGAGCCUUCACUGGCCGUGAGUUUGACGACCUGCCCCUCCACGAGCAAAAAAAAGCCGUCCGCAAGGCCUGUUGCUAUGCCCGCGUUGAGCCCUCUCACAAGUCCAAGAUCGUUGAGUUCUUGCAAGGCUUCGAUGAGAUCACCGCCAUGACCGGAGAUGGGGUGAACGAUGCCCCCGCCCUGAAGAAGGCCGAGAUCGGCAUCGCCAUGGGCUCUGGCACUGCCGUUGCCAAGUCUGCCUCUGAGAUGGUCCUGGCCGACGACAACUUCUCUUCCAUCGUGGCAGCCGUCGAGGAGGGCAGAGCCAUUUACAAUAACAUGAAGCAGUUCAUCCGUUACCUCAUCUCCUCCAACGUUGGUGAGGUCGUCUGUAUCUUCCUGACCGCUGCCCUGGGUCUGCCGGAGGCUCUGAUCCCUGUCCAGCUGCUGUGGGUCAACUUGGUGACUGAUGGUCUCCCUGCCACUGCCCUGGGCUUCAACCCCCCUGACCUGGACAUCAUGGGCAAGCUGCCCCGUUCCCCCAAGGAGCCCCUCAUCUCUGGAUGGCUGUUCUUCAGAUACCUCGCCAUUGGAGGCUACGUUGGUGUUGCAACUGUUGCUGCUGCCGCCUGGUGGUUCCUCUACAGUGAGGACGGCCCUGGUGUGUCUUUCUACCAGUUGUCCCACUUCAUGCAGUGCCACGAGGAAAACGAGGACUUUGUCGGCGUCCACUGCGAGGUGUUUGAGGCCGCUCCCCCUAUGACCAUGGCCCUGUCUGUGUUAGUCACCAUCGAGAUGUGCAAUGCCCUCAACAGUUUGUCUGAGAACCAGUCCCUGCUGCGCAUGCCCCCCUGGAGCAACCUGUGGCUGGUUGGAGCCAUGUCCCUCUCCAUGUCACUCCACUUUGUGAUAAUUUACGUGGACCCCAUGCCCAUGAUCUUUAAAUUGACCCACUUGAACGUGGAAAAAUGGAUGGUGGUGCUCAAGCUCUCGAUCCCGGUCAUCCUCAUUGACGAGGUCCUCAAGUUUGUGGCCCGCAAUUACCUGGAGGUUGCUGAUGACAAUCUAGUAAGCAAGAAGUGGGACUAAAAGAACACCAGGAGUAUAAAGGAGAGAAAAGAAUAAGAGGAAGGGUGGAAGCACUUCCCAGAAAACCAGAGCGCAGACCAUCACUAGAAGUGAGAGAAAAAAGUCCAACAAGAUCAAAGAAUGAAACAAAAGCCACCAGAAAAUUUUAACAAAAAAAAAAAAAAAAAAAGUAAAAUAAAAAAUAUAUAUUUCUUUGUGUAUGUAUUGAAAUUAAGUUAAUAUAAGAAAGUGUUAUGAACAAUAUAUUCAAAUUAUUCUGACUAUUCUUAAAAAAUAAAAACUGUAUUAAAAGAGAAUACAAGAGUGGCUGGUUAAUUGUUUUUGGUUUGAUUCCCAGUAUCUCAUACUUGCUUACGGUUGAUGAGAAGCAUCUUCGCCUUCACUUAUGAGUCCUUUGGUGUCUGUGGAGAUCAACCAUGGAUUUACAGCUGCAGGGCAGGAAUAGCCCUGUGAGCAUGCCUCAGGUGGCUAGGUCUUCUAUACUGGAUGGAUUGAUCUUGCACCUCUUCAGAGUGGUUUUAAUUCAUUCCUGCAUCCGUUUCUUCUGGCCACCAGCAGAGCGUUGGCCUUCAUGUGGCCGUUGAGCACUUUCGGCAGAUGUCGGCCCUCUAGGACGCGACCAAGCCAUCUUAGUUGGUGAUUGUUUAAGAUGGACUGCAUGCUACCACUGCCAGCCCAUUUCAGUACCUCCGUGUGGUGUACUGCAUCCUGCCAGGUAACACAGAGGAUCUUCUUGAGGCCCUUUAUUUGGAAGGCCUCCAGGGUUUUCAUGUGCCAACUAAGGGAUCCAUGCUUCACCGCUGUAUAACAGGGUGGACACACACACACCUCUCACUCCGCAAACAAUUACACAAGAAAAACAUGAUCCUGCAAUGAGUAGUUUUUCAAUGUAUAUUUAUAUAUUAAGACAAUUAGUAUCAACAAGAGAAUGCAAAAUUCAUUCACAGGUUUCUUCUCUUAUUCUUCAUUUUAAAAAGUGGUAAAGUCUAAAAAAGGUAUAAAGGUAAUUGUGUCACUGGAUUGGUUGUUUAGAGUUUUUAGUGUUACUCGCUGGUAUCAACAAGGGCAGUGCUUUUAGAUCAAUGAUUGGAAGUCAAGCAAAGUGCCCACUGGUCCUGAGAGGUGGGUGAGUGUGUGCAUUUCCAUGUGUCAGAAGUAUCAUAACUUACAGUAGAUACUGGCCUAUUUUCAACAUAUUGCAUUUCAGUGACUUCCACUAAAGCAGUAAUGGAGUGUUUCUCAUCACAUCCGACUGGCGGGAAUGUCGAGUCAGGAACUUCAAUACAAAUAUUCAAGUUCUCAUGAGUCCAGUUAAAAAAGGGGGUUAAGGCCAGUCUUCGAAUGAAUGUUUGGUCAUUGAACAUGAGAAAAUACAUUUUUUAAACUCCCAAAUAUGGAAUGAUGUGGAGGGCGCUCAAGCAACAAGUCAA